AUGAAGCCCAAACGCUCCCGGAGACACAGUGGAUCAACUUUACAAGGUAAACUGCUGCUGCUGUUUUCUUCCACAUGAGUGACUGCUGCCAGAUUAUUGUUAUUAAUCAUGUUAAAUCAGUCUUAUCUAAACGAUUCAACUUUAAUUGAAGACAGCAGUCGUGAUCUCUUUGUUUUAAGCUUUAGUCAAAGUAACGUAGUCAUGUUUACUUGAAUACUGAGCUACUUCACAUCCGAUAAAUUUGCAGGCUGUACUUUAAACAUAUUUAUCUAGAUUAAUAUUGACACAAAGAGGAAAAACUGACUUCCAGAGAUGACUUAGAAGUCUUAUAACACGAGAGCAUAAUUUAGACAAAGCAGAGGAAAUAAUGUCGAUAAACAGGAUGAUAAAACAAAAACAAAAUGUUAUCAUAUGUCAGUGGUGUCACUCUGAUUGUGUGCUGGUUUUUCAAUAAGACUGGACUGUUAAUGAGCAACAUGAUUGGCUUUUCUCGAUUAGGAGUAUCUUGAUUUUCUGUUUGAGAAAAAAGAUAGUAACCCUUGCUCUGUUUGGAGGUCUGUGCAAACUUGCAAAAAUAUAAACAUUUAUGGUUGAUGAAUGACAAUGAAUUGAACACAGAUGUGCACAAAUUCACACAGAAUCAUAGAUUUUUUUACUCAUUUUCCAAACAAUGUGGUUACAAUGUUUUAUUACUAGUUAUUUUCAUGAUUAAGCAAUAAAUCAUUUAAGCAUUAAUUGUUAGAGAUGUGAAAAAAAUUGAUUUUUCACAAUUUUGAAAGUUGUUUUGUCAGAAAAUCCUCAGAAGUAAAUGUGUUUUUUAAUUGCGUAUUUUCCUGAAAACCAAAGACUUUUCAUCAACUCUUAUUAGAAACAAAGAAAAGACGCAAACUCUCAUAUCACAAAGGAGGGAACCAGCAAAUGUUUGGCUUUUAUGACUUUGGAACGAACAGAAAAAUGAAUCGAGGAAAACAGAUUUUAUUCUUCUUUGAUCUACGAUUAAUCUAGUAAAACAGUGCGGCUCAGAGGAACGAGACAGAUCUUUUCUCCAAAUAUUCCAAAGCAGUGUCUUUGUUUUAGCCUGAAGGCUGCCUCCUAGUCCUCCCCGUCUCUGCUGGAAAGUUUCACUCCGCUAUCACGUACCUCUACCUGUCUAUAUCCACUCGCUAAGCUGCACAUCGUCUUUCUCCUCCCUUUUCUUGUCCUCAACCAUUUUUGACAGGAUUUAGAAAUGACUUCAGACCGUUUCUUUUCCCUGUCACAUGUCUACUCCAUUGUCCUAUCAUCUGUAGCGUUGCCAGGUUUGAAGCGUUUCAGUAACACUACCAUAAUCCAGAUUCUCGAAAGUAUGGAAAUACCUUAGGUUACCUUUGUCAGGCAUCUUUAUUUAUACUGUGACAAUAUAAACAGAAUGGUUGCAUGUUCACAGAUUGAUGAGUUUAUGUUAUCAUCAGACACCUUUUCUGAUUGUCUUUCAGGAAAAAACCUUGGUGCUGGAGGGGAAAAGUCAAAGCUCAGCCAAGUGAAGCCUGCUAAUGUCGUACCUUUUGCUGGAAAAGUGUUUUACCUUGAUCUGCCAUCAAACAGAAUAGCAGAGAAACUCGAGCUGGACAUAAAGGAACUCGGAGGGGUGAUGAAAACAAAUUUAAGCCUUUUGUCGUUUUUCUUUUAUCAGUGUGACAUGUAUUAACAUGGUUCAGUGCUGUGGAAGAAACUAGAAUUUAAGAGCAAAGAGCAAGAGAAUCACUAUCCUGUUUUUCGUUUUGCUUUUCAAUCAGACGGUGGAGAAAUUCUUCAGUAAAGAAAUAAAGUAUUUGGUUUCAAACAAGCGGGAGGCCAGAUAUGUGCACCGCCUUAAACAGGACUCUCCGGUCCCCAGUCCAGACUCCGGACAGAGCUCACCUCACCCUCGCUCCAACCUGCACCGGCCUGGCAGUCAUGGGGACUCAAUAAAAAACAAGUCUCAGGGCCAAACUGAAACUGUAAGUCCACUCUAAAAAAAUAUAUUUUUGUGUCACUCUUCAUAUGUGCCGUGUCUUCUCUUGGUAUUUCUGUGCUGUUGGUUAAUUUCAUUCUUUUAUUUUCUCCCCAGCAGCUUUUCACAAGCCGGGGGAAGUCUUUGGUGGAGAAAGUGGUGAAAGAGCAGGUUUGUAAGGUCAACACUAAUGAGUUUAGACAGGGACUGCUGUUACCUCUUGUCUUGCCUCUGCUAAAACACACUUGUUUGUUUUUCAGGAGAGGGUUCAAAUGAAUAAGAUCCUGUCAAAUGCUCUUGAGUGGGGUGUGAAAAUUCUUUACCUAGAUGGUAUGUUGAAAAAGUGAAAUGUUUUUCUUACAUAACAACAACCAUUGGAUGCUUCUUAUAAUUUUGUAGGAUAUUGAUAUACCAAUGUAUUUUUUUUCUUAAAUUAUACUUACAGAUAUAUUGGCCUAUGUUCAAAAGAAAAAGAAGACCGUCUGCAACCAGCGUCCAGCUGCCCCUGCUGUUAAAACAACUGUAAGUUUCCAUGUUGUUUGGGCUUUUUUGUUUGGGCUGAAUUUUGCUUUUUAAAUUCUUUUUCUGUCAUUCUUUGUAGACUAAAACGGAGUCAGCAGUAAAGCACAGCUCACAGAGACUCAAAGGUAAUUGCUCAUGUAGUUCCAGAAAUAAGUUUCCUAAGCCGUUGGCAUUACAACAAAAAUAGACUAAUAUAAUAUAAUAAUAGACUUCUUAAAUUGCUACAGGAAUUUACACAUGUGCUUAAAUUGUCCUAAUGUUGUUCCAGGAGGGCAGAUCAAGAAACCUUUCAUCAAAGUUGAGGACUCCAGCAAGUAAGAAAAGCAGAUAAGAAAAUAAAAUGACAUCUUCUUGUUGUCUUUGUUGACUGCUUAUCUUUUCCUACUUUAUAGGCACUACCGUCCAAUCUACCUCACCAUGCCAAACAUCCCCGAGUUCAACCUGAGGACUCUUCCCCCCUGUAGUCCCUUCUGUGUGGAGGACAAGGAGCCACCUGUGAACAAACAGCAGGGACACAGGUAUAAUCAACACCGUGGAAAUGUUUUCCCUAACUUCUGACAAUGUUUAGAUAAUGUUUGUUGUAAAUUAUUAUUACAUAAGUAUACGUGUUUACCAAAAUAAACACAAAUCUGUAAUUCAGUUUGAAACUUCCUGAUCAAAAACAGAAUUUAUAGGGCUGUGUUUGUCUGCACAGUGUCCAGUUUGAUGUUGCCAGAGCUACUCGUCAAGACUGAAUGAUAAUGUCAUCAAAAUGCAGAAACCUACCGUUUCCAUUUUAGUUUGAUUUUUUUUCUGUGCAACCUCUGGGCCUCUGUAGGCACAGCGAAGAGAAAGCGCUUGGCUGGAAGAAAAACCGAGACAAGAAACGAGGCGGCUACUGCGAGUGUUGUUUAAUCAAAUAUGAGAACCUCACGAUGGUAAGAUAUCAUAUCGUAAAAACUCCAAACUUUUACUACGGUGUGACUGUAAGAAAAACAAACCUUGAGAAUGAUGACAUGAGCUUUGACACUCACCACUAUACAUAUCAUAUAAUACAAUAAUAUAUCAUUCAUGCACCUUUUCUGGUAUCUUUUACUCAUAAAGACAUAGAUGAGAUGUUAUUAAACUGUCCCCGUUUAUAUGAAAAACAUUUUGGCUUUAUUAAAAUUAGAUUAUUUUUUUAGAGCUUAAAAAGAGUUAAAGCUGAAGAUGUUCAUUUAAGUGCUGCUAGUGCUAAUUUUAGGUCAUUUUUGUAGGUUGUCUCGCCUUACUGGAGCAUGUAUUAAGUGAUAAGUGUAACACCAAAUUGGCAGCUGGUUCACUUUUAACACUGAGAUCCAAGCCUGUGAAUAAGUGGUUAUUGUCUACCUUGGCAUUAAACACCUGAGAUGGGGUAAAUUUUUGUAAAUUUAUUAAAUUCCAGAUGACAUGCAGUCCAAGGUAAUAAAAAUAACUCUUCUCAGCAAAGAUGAAUGCAAUACCAUCCAAAGUGUUGAUUUCUCAUUUUUAGUUCACAAAAAGCCAGAUGUUAGAAAUGAGAGGAAACUGCCUAAAGAUGGUCUCUGAUUAUUUAACUGGCUACUUGUUUUCUUGUUUUUCCACAAGCAUCUACAAAGUGAACGUCACAAGGCCUUUUCGAAGAGUGACGAGUAUUUAGUGGUGGACAGACUGGUUUCAACCCUUCCUUGCAACUUAAAGCACAUAAAAACUCAAGUCAAAAGGUAAUUUCUUUGAUUCUUUUAAAAUCUUUUACUCACUUUGCUCAAUCAUGAGUGUUUUAUCUGUUAUUCUCUUGUCCAAUCCUUUUUUUUCCCUUUUAGACCAAAGUGCAGUGUUUCCUCUGUUCUGGUUGUUCCUGGACCGUGCAAGAAAACUGAACUAAGCCACAAGGGAGGUCUGGAUACUGCAGAGAUUAUUGAGGAUGAACAGCUUCUGAACGUUGAUGAGGAAAAGGGAUGUCACUCAGGGCCAGCUUUAAAACUCAGACCUGCUUCUACUUCUGCUCCUCUGCUUUGUAGAGAGAGGGACAGGAGGAGUUAUUACACUCAUUCAAACAAAUCCAAGCCCAGAUCUCUUGAACGUAAAGGGCUGUGCAGACAGAAUCCACCUACCUCUGGUGCUUGUAAAGUGGGGCAGAGUCCAGGUUCUCCGCUCAAUAUGGAAACAGCUCCACCCAGAGGUGAAACUGUGGCAUCCACACCGUCUGAAUUUUCUCAGGCCGACCAAAGGGAUCAAAUUCAAGACAAAGGGAAAUUGUCUUCUGAGUUCAACUUUGUGCAUGAAGAGAACAAAGUUUCCUCAAAAAGCCUUGCUUUAAAAACAAGUCAACAAAAGGAGACUGAUGAAAAGCAGGACUCCUCUGCCUGCGAUAAUGACUCUGAAGAAGACGAAACAAACCCUUCUACACUAAACUCCUCUCCAGUUUGGAAAAUAAAAAGGAAGGUUAAAGUUUAUGAACGCAAAAGACGGAAAAUGGAGACCCGCGUUGAGCAUGUUAAACCAAGUGAAACUGCUGAAGACUCCAUGCUGAGACUCUGGGAGCUUUUUCAAUCCAGUGAUGACAUGGAGGUGGAAUUUCUGGGGUUUUAG